AAAUUAAUGAAAAAAUGCAUGACAACCGAUAGAAAAACUAUUAUUUCGCUGUGGCUUUUGAUGUGAAAAAAUCUGAAGCGUAGCUAAAAGAUAGAGCGAAGUCAGGGCUACAAAAUGGCUAAUUCAGUUUUUCUUACUUUCAAAACUUUAACACAAGAAAUAAUUUUCGACUUUUGAAAGUUUACAUUUUUUUCGACUUUCAUCUAAUUGGCUUAGUUUUCUUGAUUGAAGUUCUGAAAUUAUAGUUUAGGUAUGAUUUUGUCGAGUAUUGAAUGGUGAAUCUUUUAAAAAAAAAUUUGACCGAUAGCGAAAAUAAAGUAGUGUAAUUCUUUAUGGCCCACCCGUUACAAUAAACUCUAGCUUUCAAUUGUUUAUUGUUAUUAUUUAGAUCGGCGACUUUACAAAACAAAUUCGUCAACUUGAAGAAAAAUUAAAUCGAAAAGAGAGUGAUUUAGAAAUUGUACGUCAUGAAUUGAACCAAGUGAAAGAAUUUCGAAAGAAAAAAGCACAAAUGCAAAAUGAAUUAGAAGAAAUAAAAGAAGCAAUGUUAUGGAAUGAACGAGAACAUAAAGAAACAUUGGGAAAACUUGAACAAAAAUUUUUUGAAGAAAAAAUGCGUUUACAACAAGAAUCAAAUAAAAAAAUUGAAGAAAUAGCGGCAAGAGCGCAAGAUGAAGCAAUAAAGAGUUUAGAUGAAACAAGCAAAAAUGUGUACAAAGAAAAUGUAUCACUCACAGAAUCUGUUCGAAUAUUUAAAACAGAAUUAGAUGAAUUACAAAAAAUGAAAGAAAUAUUACUACGUCAAAAUGCUAAUAUGAACUCAGAAAAAGAACUAAAUGAAUUACUUGUUAAAGAAAAAGUUGAACAAAGUCAAAAACAAAAUAAAUCAAUCAAAGAGGUAUAUAUAUCGUUAUGUUGA